AUGGCCGGCAACUCUAUCGGCAUUAUCCGCGCGUGGUAUCAAAUGGGCGUGCGAUACAUCACGUUGACGCACAACUGCAACAAUGCCUUUGCCGACUCCUCCCAGGUUGAGCCGGUCCACGGUGGACUCUCGGCCCUGGGCAGAGGCGCAAUCGUGGAAAUGAACCGCCUAGGCAUGAUUAUCGACCUCUCCCAUGCGUCGCGCGACUGCGCGCCGCAGGUCCUCGACCUGACCCGCGCGCCCGUCAUGUUUUCCCACAGCAACGCCCAGGCAGUGUUCGACUGCGCGCGCAACGUGCCGGACGAGGUGCUCGACAGGGGCCCGGCCAAUGGGGGUGUCGUCAUGAUCAACUUCGUGCCGGAGCACGUGGCCGCGCACCGGCGAGACGCCCGGAUGCAGCACGUGCUCGACCACAUUUUCUACGUGGCCGAGCGGAUCGGGUGGGACCACGUCGGCCUCGGGUCCGAUUUUGACGGCGUUGCGUCCGUGAUCCCGGGGCUCGAGGACGUGAGCUGCUACCCGGGCCUCAUCGCGGCUGUGCUGGACCGUGGCGCGACCACGGAGCAGGUUGAGAAGCUCAUCAGCCGCAACCUGCUGCGUGUGUGGACGCGGGUGGCGGCAGUGCGGGAGCAGAUGGGGAGGGAAGGCGCCCGGCCCGUCGAAGACGUCUGGGAGGGUCGCAAGUGGUGGCGGUUCAACGGCGAGCACCAGAUCGAGGACAAUGACCCCGGCGACACGCGCGGCUGGGGCUGGUUCGGCAUGGACAAGCCCACAGAUGCCAUCUGA